AUGAACUCAGUUGCUGCCAGUGGCUUUAACCAGUCCUGGUGGCUUGGUGGCUUGGAGUGGGCGCUGCAGCACCUGAGCACCGUGGAGGUGCUGCGAUUUGGGGCCACCAGUGGCCUGGUCUGGCGGGCCACCUCGGCACGAGGCCAGCGGCUGAUGCCGUGCCUGGACCGCUGCCCAGAGGAGAAGGAGCCGCUGCAGCGGUUCCUCAGCUCCCUGGCGCCGGGCUCCGUGCGCAUCCUGUGCUUGGACGCGGUAGGUUUUCAUGAGCUGCUAGACGGGGGUCCAAGGCUGGCCUUUUCGGGCCUCGAGCGCCUAGUGCUGCCGCAGGGCCUGGGUACCAGGCUGGAAUGCCUGCCAGUGCCGCGCGUGCCGCAGCUGCGGGAGCUCGCAGUGCACGCCGGCGCAGGCGAGCUGGAGGUUUCUGGCUCCAGCACGUACCCGCAGUGGCUGCAGGUUUGGCACUACUGCCAAGGCCAGCCAGACUCGCUAAACCCGGAGGGCAUUCGGUGGAUCCAGGAGCUGUUGCUGCCACUGGGACAGCCCCUGAAGGCUUUGGAGGUGGAGGAGCUGCUGCCGGAGCUGACCAAGCCCUUCCUCGAGGCGCGCGAGCGGCUCAGGUCCCAUGGGAGCGGCGCCGGCGCCGGCGCCGAGCCGUGGAAGAGUCUUUGGAGGGUCCAAGGAGACUGA